AUGAAGAGGAUGCAGGCCCAUCCAGACCUCAAGCUGCUACUGCUCAGUCCUUACAAUCCACAAUUGAAAGAGUUGUCCAGCCGCAUUGACCCGGGCCUGAGAGUGAAGGAGCUUGGGGGAUUAUACAUCAAUUUUGAUGGCAGCAAAUCAAAGACUGUCUCUAACUCCCUGAAAAAACUAAAAGAACAGAAGAGCCAAGAUGAGUUGAUGAAGAAAAGUGUUAUUGGCCCAGAGCUUGAGAAGAAAGAUGCUGUGCCUCCAUACAGGGAGUCCAAACAGGCUGUGAAACUGAAGCGCAAAGAGAGGGAGAAGACAACUGGAGCCGGCUGGUUUGACAUGCGGGCUCCUGAAAACAAGGGCGAUCUCAAAGCACUGAAAAUGCUUGGAGCAAUGGACCCCAAGUGGUUUUACAAGAAGAACGAUAGAGAUGGAUUCCACAAGUAUUUCCAGGUUGCUACAGUAGUAGAUAGCCCUGUGGACUUCUAUCAUUCCCGUGUCCCGAAGAAAGACCGGAAGAGAACCAUGGUGGCAGAGUUGCUUGCUGAUGCAGAGUUCAGACAAAACAAGAAGAAAUACCAACAGAUCAUGACAGAAAAAGCAGCCAUUGGUGCUUGCAAGGAAAAUAAUAAGUUCAGAAAGUGA